AUGCCUGAGGAUUUUGCGGACGGGGAAGAGGAGGAGGACGAGCUUGCGGAGAGCACACAGCACACCAUUAUCCCCAACAGCCAGGAUCUUUUUCUCAGCCUGACUGAAGUAGCCUCCCAACCUCCCAAGGCAUUAUCCCAGACCCUGAAGCCAUGGAAGGGACCUGUGUCGACCCGCAAUGAAAGAGCUCAUCUGAAUGAGUGGAAGGACACGGUAUCAAAGCACAGGAAAGUGGCCAAUGAACAUGAGGACAGGAGGGAUGCUCUAGAUGAGAGGUGCCGGCAGGAAGAUCAGAGGAGGCAGUAUGCAAAGCUGGGGCUUCUGCGUGAUCAAACUGACGUGCUCCGGCAUCUGGUGGAGCUUCAGGAACGGCAGCAGGAUCACAGAGUGCUGCUGCAGCCCCUUGUCGGUUUCAUCUUCUUCCUCCUCUCGGUUUUCUUCUGCGUAACUUUUAGUAGUUUUUGCCUGGGCACAGCAGCACCACACUUUGAAACUUUCUCUAUUGCUAGAGGAGCUGCCUUUAAAGUUUUCAAGAUAAUUGAUCAGAAACCCACUAUAGAUAGUUUUUCUUCAGAUGGACACAUUGAUCACAUAAAGGGAACACUUGAAUUUAAUAAUGUACAGUUCGGUUAUCCUUCAAGACCAGAUGUCCAGGUUUUGAAAGGUCUCACUCUGAAAAUUGACUGUGGACAAACGGUGGCAUUGGUUGGCAGCGGUGGAUGUGGUAAGAGCACAAUGGUCCAGCUGCUUCACAGGUUUUAUGAUCCACAGGAAGAAGUGGUGACUAUACAAUGGACGGACAUAAAGUCCCGUAAUCUGAGACAUUACCGAGAAUUCAUUGGUGUGGUCAGUCAGGAACCUGUUCUGUUUGGGACAACAAUUAGAAACAAUAUAAGAUAUGGUCGAGAGGAUGUAACUGAUGAAGAAAUUGAGAAUGCAGCAAAAGAAGCAAAUGCUUAUGAUUUUAUCAUGGAGUUUCCUGAUAAAUUCAAUACCCUUGUAGGAGAAAGAGGAGCCCAGAUGAGUGGUGGCCAGAAGCAGAGAAUAGCCAUAGCUCGAGCUUUGGUGCGCAACCCUAAAAUUCUCUUGUUAGAUGAGGCCACAUCCGCCCUGGAUACAGAAAGUGAGUCAGUAGUCCAAGCUGCACUGGAAAAGGCCAGCAAAGGUCGAACCACUCUUGUAAUAGCUCAUUGGCUUUCCCCCAUUCGGACUGCAAAUGUAAUAGUGGCCAUAGCUGAUGGUGCUGUGGCUGAAGUAGGAACACAUUCAGAGCUGAUGGAGAAAAGGGGGUUAUAUUAUUCACUUGCAGCAGCACAGAGAACACAGAAGAUGCCUGUAGCUGGAUUUCAGGACGUGAGGAGUGAGAAUCCAAUAACUAGGAGAAAUGCUCUUAUGUUUCUGCCAAAUAAGGAAGACCAUGAAGAAUCAACAGAAACUAUUACCUUAAAAGAUCAUGAAGAAGCGUUCCCCAUCAAUGGGUUGAUUUCGAAAAGAGCAAGCAUAAAACAUGUUCCACAAAAAGAGGCUGAAGAAGAAGCUGCACCUGAAGAGAUCUUCUCAAUAAAAGAUGAUCCGGAGAGGAUCUGCCAUGAAGCUAACAUUUUCUCCAUCACAUUUGCUGUUAUAGGUGGUGUUUGCUUUAUCACUUGGUUUUU